GAUAAGUCAAAAUCCCCUAUGUAUAUCAUAUUACUAUAUUUUAAAUAAUUAUCAUAAUCAAAUAAGUAUAUUACUAUUAACUGACAUUUAGCAUAUAAAAUUACGCAAUAUAGCUCUCAUGACUCCCACUCCUUCCAAAAAUAAACCUACAUAUAGUAUUACUCCCGUGUUUUAGUUUUAGAUUUUAGUUUUGAGAAAUAUAAGUAUUAAAAAGAAUAAUAUAUUGAAAAAAGAUGUCAGCGUCGGAGGGGAGGUCGGCGGAUAUGAGAUCGCCGAUGACGGCGGACAUGAGAUCGCCGGUGCCGCUGCUCUACCGGCGGCAUUCGAGCGGCGAGAUCAGAAAUCUGGCGUCGAUUUCCAGCAGUUUGCUGCCUGCUUUUGGUACAAUUGUAGGAGAAGGAACUCCGACUUUGAAAGGAUUUGUGAUCGCACCUUACGAUAGAAGAUACAGGUGGUGGCAAACCUUUCUGGUGGUGCUGGUGGUUUACUCAGCAUGGGCCUCUCCAUUUGAGCUAGCUUUCAGGAAGAUGUCAACCAGUGCCCUCUUGCCCAUUGAUCUCGUCGUCGAUCUCUGCUUCGGCAUCGACAUCGUCCUCACCUUCUUCGUCGCUUACUUGGACAAAUCCACCUAUUUGCUCAUUGAUGAUCAUAAGAAGAUAGCCACCAGGUACAUUUCGCAUAUGUGGUUCCCCAUGGACGUCGCCUCGACUCUGCCGUUCCAAGUCAUCUACCGGCUCUUAACCGGGAGGAUGCACUACGGCGACGUCUUCGGCUUCCUCAACUUGCUCAGGUUGUGGCGACUCCGGCGUGUUAGUGAACUGUUUUCUAGGUUAGAGAAGGACACCCGCUUCAGCUACUUCUGGACUCGAUACAUCAAACUGAUAUGCGUGACGUUGUUCGCAGUGCACACCGCGGGCUGCUUCUACUACUGGCUGGCGGUGCACUACCACGUGUCGAGCGACACGUGGAUCGGAUCCCAGGUUCCCCAUUUCGAGCAGAGGAGCGUCUGGCUCGGAUACACCUACUCCAUGUACUGGUCCAUCGUCACCCUCACCACGACGGGGUACGGGGACCUGCACGCGGAGAACACGGGGGAGAAGAUCUUCUCCAUCUUCUACAUGCUCUUCAACAUUGGCCUCACUGCCUACUUGAUUGGAAACAUGACCAAUCUCAUUGUCCACAGCUCCAUGCGAACAUUCGCCAUGAGAGACGCGAUACAUGAGAUACUACGCUAUGCAAGCAAGAACAGGCUGCCGGAAGGGUUGAAAGAGCAAAUGCUGGCACACGUCACGCUGAAAUUCAAGACAGCAGAGCUUCAGCAAGAGGAAGUGCUUGAAGACUUACCUAAGGCUAUAAGAACAGGGAUCGCGCAGCAUCUCUUUCGUGAAACUGUCGAGAACAGCUACCUCUUCAAAGGAGUCCCUGAAGAUUUCAUUGUCCAGAUGGUUCCUGAGAUGAGAGCAGAAUACUAUCCUCCCAAAGUAGACAUAGUCAUACAAAACGAGAUAUCGACAGAUUUCUACAUCAUAGUAUCCGGAGCCGUGGACAUAAUAACAAACAAGAAUGGGAUGGAGCAGUUUCUUACAAGUAUAGGGUCUCCAGAAAUGUUUGGUGAAAUCGGGGUGAUUCUCAAUAUUCCCCAGCCUUUUACAGUAAGAACAAAGAGGCUUUCUCAGGUCAUCAGAAUCAGUCACAAUCAUUUCAAGCAAUUGGUGCAUCCAAAUAGAGCAGAUGGAAGGAUAAUUGCCUCAAACUUUAUUCAGCAUUUGAAGGGCAUAAAGAAGGUGGAGCUAGAGGAGAUGCCAUUUAUAAUGGAUCUGCUGGAUGAAUCAAAUGUUGAGGCAAUCAUACCAACUGAGGAGUCUGAAAAUCAUGACGGGCCAACCCAAGAAGCAAACAGUGGCCCCACGGUUCACAAAUCGAACAUACUCCCAACAAGGGUGGUCCUCCAUGGCCAUCAUCCAGAUAUCAAACCUAAAGAAGAAGACGGGGGGAGGCUUGCUCAUCUUCCCGAUUCAAUAGAAGACCUUCUGCAAUUAGCAGAAAAGAAGCUCGGGAAAAGAGGAACCACUGUUCUCAUGGCUGAUGGCUCUCAAGUGGAGGACAUAAGAGCUUUAAGGGACAAUGAUCACUUAUACAUCUUUUGAAGAAUACACAUAAAGUGCAGGUCAAAUAAUUUGAUAAUCAGAGAGUUUGAAUGCACAAAAUUGUAUCAUAUUGCGAUUGUCGAUGCUAUGUCUUGUUGUAUGUAUUAUAAGCAUACAAGAAUGUGAUUUUGAUCUUUCAAUUCA